AUGGAAGCGCCGUACUCGCAGAAAGAGGCUCGUACUGCGGCUUCUUCAGGCCGAACUCUCUUCCCACUUUUCCAGCCGGCUUUCGGCCGCUCCGUCUUAUGGAGCGAGGAAGAAGGGAAAGAAGAAAGAGGAAGACGCUCGGGGCCGGCCAUUUCCCCCCAGGGCCUGGAACGGCUCGUCAUUCGGAAAGCGAAAGAGAAGGGCCCCGACGGAAACUGGGCCAGAUUCCCGAAGAAGCGGCCGAAACACUUUGCCAACGCAACAGGCAAGAAGUGCAGCCGGCGGAAAAACGACCGAAACAUAACGACCGCCCUUGUAUGUGGUUAG